AUGACAGCUACCUCUACUUCUACUUCGAUCUCUACAUCUACAGAAGAAACCCUCGCCUUCUUCAACACCAUCCCCAAAUGCGCCGAGAUCCUCGCUCAACCGGACCUAAGGGUGAUCCAUCCGCGCAACCCUGACACCUUCUUCCACUCGACCCUCCGGACCAACCACGGAAUUUUUAGGUCCGUCUUCAUUUACCAGCCGGCCCAUGCUCAUACCACAACAUCAACAUCUCCCUAUUCAAACGAUACAGAUACUGAUACCAGCGCCAUCGCCGCCGCCGCAAACGCAAACGCAGAACCGCAAGAGCGAGAGCAAGGCUACCUCCUCCUCCACCUCGGCCGCGGCCUAUCGGGGCAGCCCGAUAUCGCGCACGGCGGGUUCCUGGCUACGGUGCUGGACCAGGUUACGGGGACAUUGAUCCGGGCGAGUGGGUUGGAUCGGGGGCGGGGGGCGGUCACGAUUUAUUUGAAUGUGAAGUAUCAAAGGCCGGUGAGGGUUCCUGGGGUUGUUGUUGCGAGGGCGGAGGUUGGGAGGGUGGAGGGGAGGAAGAUUUAUGUGGAGGGGGAGAUUUUUGUUGCGGAUGACCAAGGGGAGGGGGACGCGGGUUGUGUGGCCUGUGAAGGGAUGUUUUUGGUUAAGAGGGAUGUUACUGUUAGGAUUUGA